CCCGUUACAGCCGUUAAGUUAGCUAAUAUUCACCUCCUAAAGUCGUCGCGCGCUCCGGAGCCAAAUCGUCGGUUCCGUUUUAGCAGAUGAUGUGCGCGUGAAGACGGAGCGGUACACGGGGCGAGUGAACUUGGGGACUUCUUUUGUACAGUGGGAGGAAAAUCACCGCCACCGGACAGCCGUUAUAUAACGGAUGCUUAUUAACCGAUGUCCGGCGGAGGGUACAAGCCCUGCUCCCUCCGCCAGGCUUCUGCCCCCCGCAGCCACCAGCAGGAGAGGGGGAGGUCUGAGGGAGCGCGUUAUUGUCUGACAGACCGAGACAGGUUGAAUGAAGCUGCACCUGGUGCUUCUGAGGGCAUUUCCCAUGUUUUGAUUUGCUCUGUUUUUUUAACUUUCUAAACUUGGUUUCACCGAGCUGUUCCCUGCCAUGCCGUCCAACAGUCCUGCUACUGGUGAACCACCCCAGACGCCAGAGAACGACACUUCUAACGAUGUGAGUGAAGAUGGUGCAGACCAGGACAGUCCAGAGGAGGGGACACCGGCGAGCCCCCGCAACAAGCGCAGAGUGGGUCGUCCCAGCAGGAAACGCAAACAGCUGCUUCCUGAGAUGGCAACCUCUGACCCCUGUGCAAACGCCCCCCCAACUCCGCCUGAGGAGCCGGCGCCUUCACCCUCCCCUCGCAAGAAGCGCGGGCGUCGGAAACAAGAGCCAGCGGAGAGGAAUAAGGACGAGCCAGAUGACAGAAACUGCGACUCCCCCAGAGAGGGAGAGACUGGAAGGCUGCGGAGAAGGCCAGUCCCCAGAGUAACUUUUCAGGCUGGAGAUCCAUACUAUAUCAGCAGGAGACAGAGAGAAGAAUGGCUCAGCCGCUGGAAGAUGGAGGCAGAGCGACGGGCCUACCGAGAGGCAGAGAUAAACAUGAUGGAUGACCUCUCAGAAGCUGACUUUCAGAAAGAGGAGGAGCCCGCCAGCCCUGCCCCUCCCCCUUCACAACAACACACAGACCCUGCCUCUCCGACGGUCGCCGUGACACCCGAGCCGGUCGCCAGGGGAGAACAGGCCACGCCCAGUGAGAUUGAAUACCAGGAUGGUCGGGGCUUUGGCAUCGGGACUCUGGUGUUUGGAAAGCUGCGAGGUUUCUCCUGGUGGCCCGGCCGGAUUGUUUCCUGGUGGAUGAGCGGCCGGAGUCGAGCUGCAGACGGCACUCGCUGGGUAAUGUGGUUUGGUGAUGGCAAAUUCUCUGUGGUCUGUGUGGAGAAGUUGAUGCCCCUGAGCACUUUCUCAUCUGCCUUCCACCAGCCAACCUACAACAAACAGUCCAUGUACCGGAAAGCCAUCUUCGAGGCUCUGCGGGUGGCCAGCGUCCGGGCGGGGAGGCCAGUUCCUUCCUGUGAUGGCAGUGAUGAUGCGGAGGGGGUGGAUCUUCAGACCAGAGAGAUGAUAGAGUGGGCCAUGACCGGCUUCCUGCCCGCUGGUCCACAAUCAUUGGACCCUCCAGAGGAGGAACAAAAUCCAUAUAAGGAAGUGUACCCAGAGAUGUGGGGGGAGCCUGAGGCUGCGUACACACCUCCACCUGCAAAGAAACCACGCAAAAACACGCAAGAAAAAGCAAAGAUCAGAGAGGUGAUCGACGAAGGGACCAGAGAGAGACUUAUAUUUGAGAUCAAAAAGAAGACCAGGAAUAUAGAAGAUAUCUGCAUCUCCUGUGGAAGCCUCAAUGUCUCCCUGGAGCAUCCUCUGUUUGUAGGAGCAAUGUGCCAGGGCUGCAAGAACUCGUUCCUGGAGUGCGCCUACCAGUAUGACGAUGAUGGCUACCAGUCCUACUGCACCAUCUGCUGUGGAGGCAGGGAAGUGCUCAUGUGUGGCAACAACAACUGCUGUAGGUGUUUUUGUGUGGAGUGCGUGGAUCUCCUGGUCGGGGCUGGCUCGGCAGCGGCAGCCAUCAAAGAAGACCCCUGGAACUGCUACAUGUGUGGACCCCGCAACACCUACGGCCUACUGCGACGGCGGGAUGACUGGCCCUGCAGACUACAGCAUUUCUUUGCCAACAACCACGAGCAGGAAUUUGAGCCGGCCAAGUUGUAUCCCCCAGUUGCAGCAGAGAAGAGGCAACCAAUCAGAGUCCUCUCUUUAUUCGAUGGCAUUGCCACAGGUCUUCUGGUGCUGAAAGAUUUGGGCAUCCAGGUCGAAAAGUAUGUUGCAUCAGAAGUGUGUGAAGACUCCAUCACUGUCGGCAUGGUUCGACACGAGGGACGCAUCAUGUACGUGGGAGACGUACGCACCGUAACUCGCAAACAUAUCGAUAAAUGGGGACCAUUUGACCUGGUGAUAGGAGGAAGCCCCUGCAACGACCUUUCCAUAGUCAACCCUGCAAGGAAAGGACUUUAUGAGGGGACCGGCCGGUUGUUUUUUGAGUUUUACCGUCUGCUGCAUGAGGCGCGGCCAAAACCCGGCGACGAGAGGCCGUUCUUCUGGCUGUUUGAGAACGUGGUCGCUAUGGGAGUCAGCGACAAACGGGACAUCUCCCGCUUUCUAGAGUGCAACCCAGUGAUGAUCGACGCCAAGGAGGUUUCUGCUGCCCACCGCGCUCGCUAUUUCUGGGGAAACCUGCCCGGCAUGUCCAGGUUGUGCUUUUCUAAAUACUGCAGGCCACUGACACCGAUGGCAAACGACAAGCUGGACCUACAGGAGUGCCUGGAGCAUGGCCGCACAGCCAAGUUUGAGAAGUUGCGUACGAUAACGACACGCUCCAACUCUGUGAAGCAGGGGAAAGACGAGCAUUUCCCCGUCUACAUGGACAACAAGGAGGACAUACUGUGGUGCACCGAGAUGGAAAGGGUGUUUGGUUUCCCCGUCCACUACACCGACGUGUCCAACAUGAGUCGUCUGGCCAGACAAAGGCUUCUGGGGCGUUCGUGGAGCGUCCCUGUCAUCAGGCACCUUUUUGCUCCUCUGAAGGAGUAUUUUGCCUGCAACUAGUCACACACACCAACUCCCUCCCACGUACAGACACACACAUAUAAACAGAAACAGACACUGAUAACCAUACACAGUGUACAGUCAGUACAUGAAGGUUGGCUGACGCAAAAUGAAACAGAUGACCGGACAUAGACACACAAACACUCACAUACACACUCUGUAAAGGACUGCUUCCUGAGAUCCCUUGUAGACCACUGGCUGACCUUAGUCCCCUGGUGCUACCGUGCUACCACACACACAUACACACACACACACACACAGGUACAGUUUUCUGUCAUACACAAACUUCCUGUCCGACCUUGAAACUGAUGUCUUCUGGCUUUACUGUGUCGUAUCAGCUGGAGUUCAAACCUCCAGGGGGCGCCAAACUAACACAGAUGCCCUGCCUUUUUUCUGUCUUUAAGAUCUCUAUGAAUACGUACAAACAGACCAAUGAGUCCCGCAACACUUUACUGUAUUCAUGUGUUGUGAAAACAGAAAGAGACACAAACACACGUAACAUUCGUGGUGCUGGUCAGGCAGUGAUACAAUCGAAAUGGUGCCACUUUAAUACAACACUUUUACAGAUUUUGGUGCUCUUGGAGACUGAAUGGUCUCUGCUUGUUUCAGUCGCUGCAGUUUUGAGUUCAAAUAGACGAGCAGGUGGAGGCAACAGCAGGCAAAACAGGUAGCUGUGAGGUUUAAGGAUUGAAUGAGGGUGCAGGAGAGUGUCCAAAAGGAAGAUAACGCAGCUUAGAUUUCUUGAUGCAUGCUCCAGGUAAGGAAAUCCCAAAAAGUUGAUUCUGGACAUAGCGCUUUCAAUGGGAGGAACGUUUCGCUCGAGUGAACAGCGGAAGUGGAAGAACAUUGUACCACAAAGGCUUCAGUAAAGCUGGGAAGACACCUAAAGGAAGCUCCAGGCAAUCCUGGAAGGAAGGACAACUGCUACCUAAGCAAAAAUGUUUGUUGAUCUUUUUUUUUCAGGAGUAAUAGAACAGCUGAGACGUAUUUUCUGUAAACACCACGUCUCGGUAGCUUUCAAACCCUAAAACACCCAGCGCCAAAAAUUGCUCCCCCCAAAGGAUCAGGUCCCCCAGCACAAACAGAGUAAUAUAGUUCACCCUGUUAAGUGCCAGAAGGAUUGCCAUGAUUCCAACAUUGGGGAAAUCAAACAACCUCUGGCUAAGCGGAUGGCAUCUCUGAAUUGAGGAGGACGCCUAAGAGUUCAUCUUUUCACUUUCAUGCUGUGAUUGCAGUCAUUCCCCAACUCUCUGUGAAUGGUAUGGCAAUUUGCAUGUUUAUGAUCAUGAAACUGACCUCACAGUCCAUUGUUACUCACUGGUGCUAGUUUUAGUCAUUAUGCAAAGGUACUGUUUAUAAGGUUGGGGAAACCUGCAGUCAGGUGAGACUGAGG